CCCAUUGUUUGUUUGGGCGUGUAAUUCAAUUAUUUUUCUAUAAUUUUGCUAUAACCAUGGUGUCUAUGACGUGUGUUGGGAGGUGGGACCUUAUAAAAUUUUGUGCAAAUCCAACCAAACAAGUCCUUAAGCCCUCUAAAUUAUCAUCUCAUUGCCGGGUAAUUGUUCCCUUACAACUCUACCUUUGCUUUGUUUUGUAUAAACAUCCUUCCUUUUUUCUAUUGCCUCCUUUGCCAACUUUCUAAUCUUUCUACGUAGUAUUACAAUUUUCCCUUUAAAAUUAUAAACAUUAACCUCUUCUCGAAAACUACUCACAAAUUUCAUAGUAGUAAAUUGUAUUUUAAGUUUAUGUCCACGUUCACCUCCCCAUCUUAAAAACUACGUCGUUUUAUUUUUUACACAUACCCCACUUUUUUCGAUACUAGUCAUAUUCACCUCCUCUUAGAUUAUCCCCUAAUAUAUUUAUUGUCAACUCAUUGGCAUGUAAUAUAUAUACACCACAUUGUCUAUCAUUUUUUCAGUCAGUGGAGAAGUAUCCUUCCUCCUCACAUUGUUAAGUUUCUUCUUUUUCAUUUUUUUUCCUUGACAUCCUUUUCCUAAUCACUUGAAAAAGAAAAAAAAAUAAAAAAUAAAAAAUUUCAUUAAGUCAUGGCUGAAAUCCAACAAUUUAAGAGUGUUUCAUAUGUUUCUUCAAAGAGAAAGGGAAGUGGAUUAUCAAGGAAGUGUGCCUCUUUGGUUAAAGAACAGCGUGCUCGAAUUUAUAUCCUAAGAAGAUGUGCUACAAUGCUUCUAUGCUGGUAUAUUCAGGGCGAUGAAUAGAGAUCCUUCAUCCGAGGGUUCUGUGUUAGUGUGUUCUGAUGUGAUCCGGUGCAUAUCAAUACUAGCUAAAUAUACGAAUACGUAACUAUACCUUUUUCUAGGAUACGGCUGGGCUGGCUGGCUAGUAAUUCCUUCUCUCUCCCUUUUUUGGCGAUCUCCUCCGAUUUUCUCCUGGCGGGUCGAGCUUGAUUGGUCAAGCAAUAGUGCAGCUUCUUUUUAUCACCAUCUCUUAUGACAUCCAAAAAUUUUGACCCAUAUGGCAAAUAUAUUAUUGGGUUUUUUACUUUUUUGUUUUGGAUGUUGUUGUUUCAGAGAUUUUAUGGGUGCACUACUGCUUUUUUUGGCGAACCAGCAGAAUGCUGAUGAGGCUUCCAAACAUAACCUCGGCGUUGCUCGGAGAAUCGGAUUUGAGGUAGCUGAAAAGGGGAUAUCUAUACUCACACUUGUGUUGACUGUAACUUGAAAGAGUUUUGUCCAGGGGACUAAUUAUAAAUAUAUUAUGUAUGUUGAUCAAAGUUUGGUUAUAUGUUUCUGAUACCUUAUGUUAUGAUAUACAAAGUAUAUGAAGAAAUUAAAAUAAGCGAGGGUCUUGUAUGUACUUGUAGUACUUGAACAUUCCAAAGAAUAAUAAAGUUAUAUUUCAUGUCAA